AUGCUAUCCCAAGAAAUUGCAAGGCACCAAUCGAGUCAGUCCACACACAGUGCUUGGCCUGUCAUGAUCCCUGCAGGAUAUUCUCAUGCUAUUCUAGGUAUCAGCCCCAAUCAGUCCUCCAUACUCAAAAGCUAUGUCAGUGGAAGACAUCCUACAUGUCACGUGGAAGGCUGGGCACCUGCAGGGUUUUGUCACGCGGCGUCUGCCUGGACGAAGCAGAAGCGGAGAUUGCCAGGUCCGUUGAUGCGGGCGGCGCUGACGAGGCCGGUGGGGUCGUCCAUUGCACCGAGCUGGACCGCCUCGACGCUCUGUCGAAGCAGCUGCAUGUGCUGCACCGUCUUCUGGAGGUCCGAGGUGGAGAUGACAAGGUGCGCCAGCCCGCUCUCCGCCUGUGCCGCCGUGUCGCCCUGGAUGAGCUCCAGGGCGGGCCCCGUUGAGCCGGCAUGCUGGGCGUGGGGGAAGCCCACCAGCGCCGUGGCGUAG